UUUCCAUUUUGGUCACAAAGUGACAUUAAAUGAGCUCCAGUGGCUGAGGAUCCAUCCUCUUUAUACCACUCCAUUCUCUUCACAGUCCCAGGGAGCUGGAGCCAACCACAACUGGGGUCCACCCUGGACAGACGGUGACAGAGAAAAGCGAAGUGUCGCGGUCGUGCUUGUCCAGCUGUACACUUCAGCCAUUGGCUUAAGUCCACGUCAGUCUACGGAAUCCCUCCACGCCAUUGGUCCACAGCGUCACAAGCCCCCGCCCCACAUCUCCAUUCACGCUGUGGAUCAUGUUCUUCAUCAUUUCGGAGCACAUGCAGAGGAAGCAGGGCUUUCUUUGGCCAGUUUAGACCAGAGGAAUGUUCACAUGCUAUUGUUUAAUAAGCUGCUUUUGAAGAAAUCGAGACACAGUCUGCAAGCACACACUCUAUUAUCGUGGGAGUUUGGAGUAAUAUAACUAUCCACACCUGCACACACACUAUUUACUUACACACAAAAUGUGGUAUUCAAGCUCUUUUCCCUCUCUCUCUUUAGUGCUGCUACUCAACACCCCCUCUCCACACAUACACACACACACACACACACACACACACUCAGUCCCUUCUGUUAUAAAUUUCACCCUUCGUCUCUGCUAUUGAAUCAUAAAUCAUAAGUUCCCUUCCUGUACUUCGCUCCCCCUCUUUUUGUCUUUCAUUACACAAUAGCUUAGACUUUCUAAAAGAGGGCGGCCAUGUUUAAUAUGUUGAAUUUGUGUUCGUGUAUGUGUGUGUGUGUGUGUGUGUGUGUGUGCCUAUGUAUCUUCGACCCCAGGCUUUCCUGUAACUCUGGGUCUCUGCCCCGGGGCAGCGCUGGUGAGCUUGUUCAACGCGACACACACCCAUUCAUAUACAUAUUCACACACUGAAACGCACGACACACCCUCAGCGUGCACGCGAAUGGGAGAGGAAGUGGCACGUUAGUGCACACACACACACACACACACACACACACUCACAAACACACGCUUGUGCACCCAGGAGGGACAGUAACGCCUUUAUCAUUUUUUUCACACACACACACACAGGUGCUUAUAGUCUGAGGUGGUGUUCGCACUCAUCACACAAGUGUCGUUAACACUCAGCAGAACGACAGUAUGUUCAGCUUUAACAAGGACUGUGAACAUGGAAACAUACCCCUGCUGCACAUUUGUUCCAGAGACCACUAAAAAAAAAAAACAAAAAAAAAACCCAGCAGUCACACAGUACAUGCCAAUAUUUUACUUUCCUCCCCUUCUGAUGGCUCCCCUGUGUGUUUCACACCACCGCCCCUCAAUAUUUAAACUCAGGGAUUCGUGUUUGUUUAACACGGUUCCUUAAGGUUGUCUUGAGAAAAGUGAUCAGAUUAUUGAAUUAUUAAAUAAUCUCCAUGUUCAUAAGGCUCAGUUUGCUUUUUGAAAGAAAAUUAAAGGAUCCCACCCUCGGUGCUCUGUGUUAUCGCCAGAUAACUUACACAAAAUACUGGUCACUUCUAUCAUACACAUUUCUUUAUCAUGUCUAAGCAACAAGAAAGUACAAUAAACUAUUUAUGCUACGACAUGACGGAAAGAUAUCGCACAAUACUCUAACAGGUUCUCAUUCAUACCGCAGCUGAGACUGUGGGCUAUUUAGAGGAGCUGUGAGGAAAACUGUGUGUGUUGUGGGUGUGUAUCCGUCGCUCGAGGACUUCCAGGGUCCUAGAGAUAACGUGAAAUCCAUGAGAGGAAUUCUACACGGGGGUUCCUUCCUGUCACCUGACUCCUUCGCUUCCUGCGCCGCGUUUCCUGCGUCUGGACCGCCAAGGAAGAGGAGGAGGAGGGCGAAGAUGAUGAAGCUUUUUGGGGGAAAUCUGCCUGCAAGUCAGCCGGGGAAGUCUCACAUUUCCAACCGAGCGGGGGGGAUUUCGAGGAAAGCAUCCUCUUGGAUCACAGUUUUCUCCCGUUCCUCUUCUCUCCAUCUCCUCUCCUUUGAGAGUUCAUUCCAAGCCCAAAGAGAUCGGUGCUGCAGAGAGAAGAGACCAAAACCACAAGGAUCCCGUAGAGAUAUCUGGACAUAAAGCAAAGUCAGCUUCUGGAAAAGAGAGCUGAAGACCCUGGCUCCAGUAAAGAUGGCUGACGUGGUGCAGCCAGACAGCAACAGCCUGCAGAUACCAGGUGAAAAUGCAUCCACUCCAUCCUCUCCUGCCACGGCCAGGAGUGAAUGCAGCAUCAUGCCGCUGACCCCGUCGCCCUCGCCGAGGGUGGAGGUCAGGCCCAAGAUGGCCUGUCCCUUCUCGGUUGUUGUCGCGAUCGACUUUGGGACGACGUCCAGCGGCUACGCUUUCAGCUUCACGCAGGACUCAGAAGCCAUACACAUGAUGAAACGCUGGGAGGGCGGCGACCCCGGAGUGGCCAAUCAGAAGAGCCCGACCUGUCUGCUGCUGACCCCCGAGGUCCGCUUCCACAGUUUUGGAUUCGCGGCGCGGGACUUCUACCACGACUUAGACCCGGAGGAGGCCCGGCACUGGCUUUACUUUGACAAAUUCAAAAUGAAGAUCCACAGCACAAGCGACCUCACGAUGGAGACGGAGCUGGAGGCCGUCAACGGUCGGCGGGUCCGAGCCAUCGAGGUGUUCGCUCACGCUCUUCACUUCUUCAGGGAGCAUGCUCUGAAGGAGGUGAAAGACCAGUCGUCCUCGGUGCUGGAGGGGGAGGAGAUCCGAUGGGUGAUCACCGUCCCCGCUGUCUGGAGACAACCUGCAAAACAGUUCAUGAGAGAAGCUGCGUAUCUGGCCGGCCUGGUUUCCCCGGACUGUCCCGAGCAGCUCCUCAUCGCCCUGGAGCCCGAGGCCGCGUCCAUCUACUGCCGGAAGCUGCGCCUUCACCAGGUGAUCGACCUGAGCGUGCAGCCGCUCACCAACGGCUUCGACCUGGACGGGUCGCGGCCGUUCGACUCCAGCUUCAGACAAGCCAGGGAGCAGCUGAGGCGGUCCAGGCACAGCAGGACCUUCCUGGUGGAGAGUGGGACUGGAGAGCUGUGGUCCGAGCUGCAGACAGGUGACAGGUAUGUUGUGGCGGACUGCGGGGGAGGAACCGUUGACCUGACCGUCCAUCAGAUCGAGCAGCCGCAGGGAACGCUGAAGGAGCUCUACAAGGCCUCAGGCGGCCCCUACGGCGCCGUCGGCGUGGACCUCGCCUUUGAAGCCAUGCUGUGCCAGAUCUUCGGCGAGGACUUCAUCCAGAGUUUCAAAGCCAAGCGGCCGGCGGCCUGGGUGGACCUCACCAUCGCCUUCGAGGCCAGGAAGCGGACGGCGUCCCCGGGCAGGGCCAACGCCCUCAACAUCUCCCUGCCGUUCUCUUUCAUCGAUUACUACAAGCGGCACAGAGGGCAGAGCGUGGAGGCCGCCCUGAGGAGGAGCAACAUGAACAUCGUGAAGUGGUCUUCACAGGGGAUGCUGCGGCUCACGCAGGAAGCCAUGAACGAGCUCUUCCAGCCCACCAUCAUCAACAUUGUCAAACACAUCGAGGAGCUGAUGGCCAAGCCGGAGGUGCGCGGCGUGCGGUUCCUCUUCCUGGUUGGCGGGUUCGCGGAGUCACCCAUGCUGCAGAGAGCGGUCCAGAAGGCCCUGGGCAGGACGUGUCGGAUCAUCAUCCCCCAUGACGUGGGCCUGACCAUCCUGAAGGGCGCCGUGCUGUUCGGUCUGGACCCCACGGUGGUCCGAGUGCGGCGGUGCCCUCUGACCUACGGCGUGGGCGUCCUGAACCGGUUCGUGGAGGGACGCCACCCCCGCGACAAGCUGCUGGUGAAGGACGGGCGCGAGUGGUGCACCGACAUCCUGGACCGCUUCGUCUCCGUGGACCAGUCGGUGGCGCUCGGCGAGGCGGUGCGGCGGAGCUACACGCCCGCCCGCCUGGGCCAGCGCAAGAUCAUCAUCAACAUCUACUGCAGCGCCACGGACGACGUCACGUACAUCUCGGACCCCGGGGUCAGGAAGUGCGGCACCAUCACUCUGGACCUGCCGGAACCUCUGCCGCCGGCGGGAGCGGCAGCGAGGGGAGGAGGAGGAGGAGGAGGAGGAGGCCCGGAGAGGAGGGAGAUCAGGGCGACCAUGCAGUUCGGAGACACCGAGAUCAAAGUGACGGCCGUCGACAUCAUGUCCGGCCGCUCCGUCCGAGCUUCCAUCGACUUCCUGUCAAACUGAGGAGCAGCAGGAAGAGUGGGGAGGGGUUUCAAGAAAAAGCGGUACUUUGGGAGGGGAUGUCGAGAAACUUUAUCCACUAAUCAGACAUUUCGGCUUUUAUUUUUCACUCAUUGGAGCUUCUGUUAGCAACUCCUCUGAUGCUUUCACUGACUACAUUCUAAAUGUUUUUGAACCCUGUGGAACCUCCAGAGGCUGAGUACUAACAAAACACAAACCUCCAUGAGCCUCGCAGGAGAAACUCUGCCUGACACAGAAUACUACCUAGAGUGAGAGUCACUCAUCAUUACUCACAUUAUCAACAAUACCUCAGUUUAUUAUUUCAUCACCCAUGAAGGAAAUCUUCAUCCCACCACCUGCAGCUGGACAAGAAAGAGCUCCACCCAGUGGUGGCGAGGCAAAACUUCCCCCUCAAGCCAAAAAAAAUCCUCAAGGCGUUCGAGUACGGCUUUGGACUCUUAUAUAUUUCAAAGUUUCCUACAAUGUCUAGCUGUGUCGAUUGAUUUCAGACAAAAUUGUGAAAAUGUUUCAACUUUUCAUUCACUCUCAGAGCAACUGAGAAACUUUUGUAUAUGUGAAUCUGUCUGGGAGGAGAAAACCAAAAAUGUAAUGUAUACUUUAGAAACUGGUGGGAUGAUUUCUUUGAGGAGCACCUUCAGUCUUAGUAUCAGUGGGAAACGCCGAUCACAGCAGGUUUGGAGUUCCAGCCGUCUAAUAUUUUUAAUGUGCGAUUAAAGUGUACUCACAUUUAUGUAUUAAGUGGCAAAAAGUGCAUUUAUGUCAGAGAUCAACACUCAGUCUCUUCUCCCCCCCCACAGCUGUGACUGAUC